AUGGCGGAUAAUAUUACGACUACAACAGCAUCUACGGUAUCUAUCGGUGGUAUUCCAUUAUCAACGUCUAUUCGAUUUGGACUCUUAAUUGGGUCAGAAAUCCCAUCUUUGGUCUGUUCACUCUUUGUUCUCUACAAUUUCAUUUUUGAUCCAGCCCUACUCCGUUCGUUAACUCAUCAUGCUAUUAUUUGUUUGAAUAUCACUGGAACACUUUUCAAAUGUAUCGAUGUUCCAUUGUAUCUCAACUACACUAUAAUGGGUGAGGUAUGGCCUCCAACAGCAGCUGUUUGUUUGGUUUGGUGGCUGGCUGAUUACGGUUUCUAUAAUGCUUGUGUUGUAUUCACUGCAUGGAUUUCAAUUGAACGGCACAUUUUUAUAUAUCAUAAUCACUGGUUAUCUACUCCAAGGAAACGUUUCUUCGUCCAUUAUCUCCCAUUAUUCUUAAUUAUUGUCUAUCUGCUUGUGUUUUAUGUUUGGGUCAUUUUCUUUCCACCCUGUGAGAAUAUCUAUGACUAUACAUUAUCAACAUGUGGUGCAACACCAUGUUAUAUCUUACAGCCUAUACCAGGUAUAUGGGAUGCAGCUGUUAAUGGCUGUCUGAUGGCUGCAAUCAUCGUCGUCUUUAGUAUUGGUUUGGUCAUUCGCGUAUUGAUGGGAAAGUGUCGUCAUCAUCAAGCAAUGCAUUGGCGUCAGCAUCGUAAAAUGACACUGCAGCUAGUAUCAAUUUCUUCAAUUUUUAUCAUUUUUGGUUUACCAAGUGCUAUUGUCACAUUUAUUCAAUUAUGUGGCAUACCGUUUGAUGAAGGAAAUAUUCUGUUGCCUUAUUUCUUUUUUACUAGUUACUGGCUCAUAUUCCUGAUACCUUUCGUCUGUUUACACUCUUUACCCAAUGUAAAACAGAGAAUUAUGAAGAUUCUUUGUAUUUCACCUCGACAACAAGCGGCCGUUGGUGUUACUAUAAUGACAGCUCCACGUCAUACCACACGAAUGUAA